CGCAGCUGCUUGCCGCUGCUGUCCGGCUCGGCUGCCCUUUUUCCUCGCCGUCCGUGUGCCGUCGUUCCGGGGAUGUUGGAGAAAAAGUGAUUUAAGAAAAGGGGGAAAAAAAAUAAAAAAUCCGGCGUGCGUGUAGGAAGCUGCUGUGUUCAGAGACUGGGGGGGAUGCUGCUGGAGAGAAAUGCCUGCCAGUAUCGCAUGAAAAGAAGCAGAGUCAACGUUGCCACCUUUUAAGAUUUCGGAGUGGAAGGAGCACAGGAUUACUAUCCUUAGAAUAACCGGCUGUUUUUUUUUAUUAUUUAUUUUGCACCAUUUGAUCCCAGCUCGUCAGCAAUCGGGCAGCCGACUCCUAUAUGCGCCCGUGCCGAGUAUCGCCAUUCAUUCAUUUAUUUUGUGCACAUUUGACGUUUAAACAAAGGAUCAGAUAACUGCUGCUCCGGACGGACGGCGGCCUGUAUCAGCUGUCGGUACCAUCGUCUGCUUCACCAUGCUGGGAGGCUUGCACCCCGAUAGCUGGACCGGACCUUUGACUGGCUAUUACUUUUUACUCUUAUGCUUCCUGGCCGUGGCUCCGCCGCUCGGUGUCCGAGCAUCCUAUCCUCAGAGCAGCGACUGCAUUUCUGGCAAAGGGAAAGCUUGCACAGACCUCUCUGAGAAGAAGAGCGACCUGCGCGUGUGUGAUGACUCCACAUGUCGGUACGGGGGCAGCUGCCGGGACGAUGGGGCUGACCUGAAGUGUGUUUGUCAUUUUCAGUGCCACAAGAGCUACAUCCCUGUGUGCGGCUCCAACGGAGACACGUACCAGAACGAGUGCUAUCUGCGGCAAGCCGCGUGCAAGCAGCAGGGACACAUCUCGGUGGUGUCAGACGGACCCUGCUUCCCCGAUAACGGAUCCGGCUCGGGAGAAGGAGAGUACGACGCAUCGGGCCUGGAAACGGGGAAGAAGUUCACCAAAUGCGGCACCUGCAAGUACGGGGCGGAGUGCGACGAAGACUCAGAGGACAUCUGGUGCAUCUGUAACAUCGACUGUAGCGGGCACAACGAGAAUCCUGUCUGUGCCACUGACGGCAACUCCUACAACAACCCCUGCCUCGUCCGUGAGGCGUCUUGCCUGAAGCAAGAGCAGAUUGAUGUCAAACACCUUGGAAGGUGUCUAGACAAGUUCGGGAAGAAAGAUGGCGAUCUCUCGAAGCCCGAUAUCAUGGACACUACAGAACAGGAUGACGGGUACCCCGGCAACCCAGCGCCCUGCUCCGACAGUUACGCCGGCUUCUGCGUGCACGGCAAGUGCGAGAUCAAGUACAACAUCGCCACCUGUCGAUGCGACUCGGGGUACAAGGGGCCGCAGUGCGACGAGACGCAGGACUUCAACAUCCUGUACGUGGUGCCGAGCGGACAGAAGCUGCACUACGUGCUGAUCGCGGCCAUCAUCGGCGCUGUGCAGAUCGCCAUCAUCGUCGCCGUGGUGAUGUGCAUCACGAGGAAAUGUCCCAAAAACAACAGGGGACGUCGGCAAAAGCAAAAUCUCGGACACUUUACCUCCGACGGUUCCUCCCGGAUGGUAUAGCUUUUGAUACAUUUUCUUACCACGUGGAAUACAUUUUUAAUGGUUUUUUUUAUUUUGUUUUGUUUUGCAUUCCUUUCUUGAGAACAAAACAGAAGAAUGAAGAUAUUUAUUUCAGGGGCCUUAUCGUUCAGUUUAGUUGCUUCCCUUCCCCGGACAUAGGGGUGCUUGCUCCGGGAGCACACUGUAGCUACAGACUGUUCAGAAGAAACCGACAAUGAAGCGGCUUUUUUUCCGUUUUGGUUUUUAAAAAAAAAUUUCUUUAUGGAGCCUCGUUGAGGGUGGUCGCUUUUAUCGGCGAUUAUGAUGGUAUCCCGUGAUUUGUAUGGUAAUUUAACAGACUUCUGCAUCAUGGAAUGUACUAUUUAUUGGGAACGAUAAUUCUUGACUUCUCCAUAUUUCUUUUGCUUUGCUUUUUUUUACAUUUUUUUUUACUAUUUUAUUUGAAUUUUUUUUGCAAUUGAUGUGCAGCUGAACACCAAAUGCAGUUUUAAAUGGAUAAAAUGUUAGCCAGCGCGGUUUAAUUAUUUACAUUUAUUCUUUAAUAUGUAAUCCAAUGAAUAGAACACACUGUGUUUGACUAGUUAACAUUUUUAAUCGUUUUUAUUUUUUGUUGCUAUUUUGUUUUAAUGUUAUUAUGAGUAUGAUUUGUAGAAACUGCAUAUCGCAUGACUUGUGAAAAUGUGUUCCGUGACGUAGUUUUAACUUAAAUUAAACGCUGUACUGUAUGUUCCGGACAGACCUGUACUUUCCACAUGGACGCUAUCAUUCUGAUUUCUCCAGCCUGGUUUGAAUGUUUCAAUGGGUCUUGAUGUAUGAUUUAUCAGGAUCCUGGACCGCGUGACGAGUGAUGUCAGCAUGUGUGAGGGAGGUAUGAAAAAACUGAUUGUGUCUAUUGAGAGACAUUUUUUUUUUCCCAGAACCACACCUGGAGAGUUCUGUGAAUUAUUCCUGGGGAGAGGGUUAUAACAUUAUCACGUUCCAGUUCCCCGUGUUAUAGUAUAUUGAGACUCAGAGGAUGGAAAUUGAUCUUUUGAUUGGAUCCUUUUUCGUUUCUUGUCUUGACCCAUUAAUCUUUUAGCUGUCACAGAAAUGGGUGUCAAAGAGGAGUUUGUUUUGAAAAGCAGUACCUUAAAAUGAACAAAAUAAUCGGAAUCAAAAUCCAACACAGGCCAUUUAAUAUUUAAAUUAUUUUAGGAGAAAAAAACAAAAUGGGUUUUGAAACGGGACAUCAGACUGUAAGAGCUUGUAUGUUUUAAGAUCUUUAGAACGUCUUUCGUAUAAUUUUAUGGACAAAAAUACGUCUUAAUACGUCUGACAAUUUGAAUAUAAUGAUAGUCUCCAAAGGUAGAACAAAGAAACUGGUAAAAAAAAGAUUCAUCAAUAUGUAAUAAAUUUAAAACCUGAUUGUAUAAACUAACGAGGGUCUGCUGAGGAGGGUCUCUCUGGUUACAUCUGGUAAUAGUUUGUCGAAAGUAGCGAAUCUACUUGUUGUUAACCAUCAAGCGGUGACUUAAAAUGUGAGUAGAAUGUGUUUGUUUGACGUUAUUGAUAUUCUGCAUGUAGGAAUUUAUGGUCGACCAUUUCUGUCUCAAACAAUGAAAAGAAUAAAAAAAAUAACUUUUUUUUAACGUC